AUGUCGCUCAAUCCUGAUCAACAACGUUAUCUCAAAUUGCUUUUGUCAGAAACCAAUCAGGACACCAAAUUACAUAGCGGCGAUCCGCCAAUAGAACGCGCACUAAGGGAUGGGGCAGAGACCGUACAAGAUCAGCAUAGUAUAAGACAGGCCAAAAAUGAUGAUAACCGCAUACAAGAAGCGGCGAAGGAGAUUUUACGGGCAGCGUGGUCAUUGGAAGGCACAGUCCCAAAAGUUGUUGUUGUUGACCCGACUGGGUACUCAACUGCAGCUUGGGGCGUUGUGUCACUAGGACUUAAGAUAAACAUCUGGGAUAUCGAGGCUUCAGUGAACGAUAAACCAAUUCGUGCUCUCGAUACCUUCAGUUCAAUGAUUAAGAUUGUUUUUCGGAUAGCCGCUGGUUUGCAGAAUCUUAGUGAGCCUUUUGCGUCGGUGGCUGUCUCGAACACAAAAUGGGGCAUACGUGGUCUUCGAAUCUCAAAGAAUGGAAAAAUUUUGACUUCGUCGUCCUUAGACUCUGGUCUUGAGCUCUGGCUGGUUGAGGCUCCAGGUAUUGUCACAAAUAAAUUUCAGUAUAAGCACGCCCAUACCUCGCACAGAUUUCAAAGGGCCAUGGCCUUUUCUCAAGAUGGAGAGCGGGUCGCAUUUUAUUCUAAACCCAAAGUUUUGAUACGGGAUAUCAUUGAGAAAACCCAAGCUCUCUCACUUAGCCCUGCUGGGCAAGGUACAGCUUUCAGUCCAGAUGGUCAACUCUUGAUUGUUGCUGAUGCAUGUGAAUUGAAAUAUGUCAUCUGGGAUAUCACUAAAAACCCACCGCUCAUAAUGAGGGAGCUAGACCUUGAGGAACAUUCUUAUUUUCACACACUAGUUUUUGCACCAGAUGGCAAGAGAUUAGCGACAAGUUCUAUCAUGGGCCAUAUCAUAAUCUGCGAUCUCGAUGAUGAGAACUCCCAGACACCUCGAUGGAUUGGAGAAAACUAUGGGAUUGUUCAUUCGAUGCGCUUCUUGACUGACACAAACCAUAUUAUCACGGAGUACGGUGCAUUUGAUACUCGAGAAGAUCAAACUCAAGAGCCGAAGAACUCUGAAUACUGGCAGCUGGCUCUCAGAAUUCAAGACGAAUGGGUAGUUAUUGGUGGACACAAGUGUCUAUGGCUACCUGCAGAAUUUUGGGGUUGCUGGACUGCAUACGAAGGGUUUCUUUAUAUUGGAACAAACUCGGGAAUACAUUGUCUUGGUUUGCGCAUUGAUAGGGAUUUGCUGGCUAAGUAUGGCAUUCGGUGUACUAGCACAUCAUGA